AUGAGCUCCUCUGGAUUAAACUCCUUGUGGAAGUUGACUUCUUGGGCCGACUCCGCUGGGGACAAAUGGGGAUAUCCUCCCCCCCCGGCCAGGACAUCUCAAUGUGCGGGACAGGAGCAGUAUUGUUAUCAAUUCUUGUUCCAGGGAGACAGACCAAGAUGGGGACAAUUAGACCAGUGGAUCCAUAGGAAGAUGUUAAAGAAUCACCCCUAUGAAUGGAACACGCAUUUUGAUCCCCAUGUCUCAACCGGGUUGCCCACCUUAGAGCAGGGAAAGGAACUGAGCUGGGGACAAUUCCUGCAUAGAGUCUUAGAGAAAGUAGCUGCCAACAGCACACAAUUCAGAGCAGAAAGUACUUCAUCAAUAAUCUGGAAUAAGGAUGAGUGGAACAGUGUAUUAGGACAAUCCAAACCAAACAAACAACCAUUAGACCAAUUUCCUUCAGGUAGGAAACUAUUAUUCGUCUUGAUGUGUAUAAUAACAGGAUUAGUCAAAGACCAAAACGCGAAACCUGAGCAAUUUCCGAGAAGGGGAAGAUUAUGUAAUAUAGUAGAUACCAAUUUGAACUUUUUGGAGGAACAGUGGAACACGUGGAUAAAAGAUCACCACAACAGGAGGAAAGAGGAGGGAACAAGAUGUUCUAGAGUGCAUGGAUAUGAUGCAUGUCAGAAUGCAAGUAUAGCUUUAAUAUUGAGUAUCUAUAAGUCGAUGAAGGACCUAUGUCCCAGUUGUGGGCCAUAUAGGAUGAAUAAUUGGAUAGUAUCGGCAUCAGACGAGAAUGCCGCGCAGGGGAAAGUCUAUUGUACAAUAGGGGACUCUGGAAUAAAUUGUGAGAAGUCACUUCAGGACAACAAAUUAGAGGGCAUUCUAAUACUGAGGGACGGGGAGUUGACUCAGGCAGCCAGACCAGGGGUGUUAAGGGUGGUGCAGAAAUUAGACGAACGAGUUGAACGAAUAAGACGAGAAGAGGAAAAUCGAAAUAUUUCCGAGAUCAAGGAGGGCCAGGAGCGCUCUGAUAUUUUAGGAUUUAUAUCUGCCUCCGGAGAACUGCAGAGCCCCUCAGAGUCGCCGAAAGAAAGAAUAAGCCCUAACAAUGGAGUGACUAAGGGCCCCGAACUAACUCUGCCGCAAGAGGCGAGAUCUCUGGAUGAGUUACCCUCGACCGUCCCCCCCCGCGUAGCAAGUGAAAGAGAGAGCAAUUUAGGACACGGGUUAGAGUCAUUCAGUGAGGACUCCCGUGAUUCUGAGUUCCGAGAUGAGGAUGCCCUCCAAACAGAGAGCACUGGGCUGCAACAACCAGAGGAAAGGGAGCAGUAUGACGAAGUUUUGGGCUCGUCAGAUUUACGUGAACGGUUCCCCUGGGCGUUAAUAGGAGGAGUAGCAGGCGCCGUGUUUUUGGCGGUUGGGGGUGGUUAUGGUUUAUGGAGAAUAUUCAGCAGACCAAAAAGGAGAGUCCAAUUGGAAGUGGCCUAUAGGGGGAGCGUUGCGUAUGGUGUGGGCUACAGAUGA